AUGCCCUCGGUGGCCAUCAAAUGCGUACCACGGGAUCGCAUCCGGCACUGGGGCGAGCUGGCCCCAGAGCCCUGGCACGGCCUCAGCCCCGCUGAUGACAUCGCGCUCCUCGCGCAGCCCGACGGCGCCCGCGCGCCCCUGGAGAUCGUGCUGCUGGCCAAGGUGUCCUCUGGGUGUGCUGGUGUCAUUCAGCUCCUGGAGUGGGUUGAGCUGCCCAACAGCUUCUUGUUGGUGCUGGAGCGUCCGGAGCGGUGCCAGGACCUCUCGGGUGUGCUGGCGGAGCGGAGGUUCCUGCCGGAGGAGGAGGCGCGGGGGCUGUUCCGCCAGGUGCUGGAGGCCGUGCGGCACUGCAGCAGCUGCGGGGUCCUGCACAGGGACAUCAAACCCGAGAACAUCCUGCUCGACCUGGCCACUGGGCAGCUGAAACUGAUCGACUUUGGCUGUGGCGCCUUCCUCCAAGACACAGCCUACACCCAGUUUGCAGGAACUCUGUCCUACAGCCCGCCAGAGUGGAUCCACCACCAACGCUACCACGGCGAGGCAGCAACGAUCUGGUCCCUGGGCCUCCUGCUGUACCACCUGGUCAUGGGGAAGCACCCGUUCAGGAGGGGCCAGGAGAUCAUCUGGGGGCGAGUCUUGUUCCCACGACGGCUCUCUCAAGAGUGCCAAGAUGUUAUUAAGAGGUGUUUGUCCAUGCGACCCUUGGACAGGCCAUCCCUACAAGACCUUUUCCACCAUCCUUGGCUGCAGGGUGUUCAUCUGCCCUAGAAGAUGGGAGAGAUCCACGUGCACAGUUGCAUCCAGAGGCCUGGGCAAGAGAAGGAGCCCCUGGAGAAGCUGUACCAGGUGGGGCUGCUGCUGGAGACACCAAGGACAACCUCAAGGACAACAAUCUCUUCCUCAACCUGGCCAGCUGAAGAUGAUGGACUUUGAUUCUGGCACCUUCUUCACAGACACGCUCUGCGCCCAGU